AUGCUUUCCCUUAACCUUGUCUUGAUCACACUGGUGGUGGCUCUGGGAGGCUUCGUAUAUGGAGUGGACUCAGGGAUCAUCGCAACCACCUUGGGCCAUGAUACCUUCAAGUAUGCCAUGUUCGGACCAACUGGUGAGAAUGCUGGGCUGAAAGGGGCCAUUGUUUCCUUGUACAAUGUUGGUCAGGCUCUCGGUACAUUCAUAGCAGGGUAUUCAGCCAACAAGUUUAGUAGGCGAUGGACUAUUUGCGGAAGUGCCGUAGUGGCAAUUAUCGGUGCCGUUCUUCAGUCCGCCGCUGUCAAUGCAGGAAUGAUGAUUGCAGGAAGAUUUUUCGCUGGAAUUGGCUGCGGCAUGCUUUUGACGGUUGUUCCCAUCUAUAUAGCCGAAGUGUCCCCUCCCCAUCAACGUGGAUUCAUUGUUGGCUUGCAGGGCUUCAUGAUUGCCAUUGGCUUCUGCAUAGCCAACUGGAUCGGAUAUGGGGGCGCAUUUGCUAAGGACGACGCCCAAUGGCGAAUUCCGCUGGCAAUGCAAAUUCCUGGCCCUCUGCUGCUGGUCCUUGGGUGCUGCUUUAUACCUUAUAGCCCCCGUUGGUUGAUCCAAGGUGAGCGCUAUGAAGAAGCCCGCGCCGUCCUAACAAUGCUGCAAGGAUCUGAAAGGGAUGAGGCCUCCUUGUCUCAAGAACUCGCACAGAUCCGGGAACAGAUACAAGCAGAAGCAACUGAGGUUACAAGCUUCCAGGUUGCUUGUGCUAAGUUAUUUUCCCGUCGUUAUCUUCACCGCACGCUUAUUGCGUGCUUUAUUGUUGUCAUGGGUCAGUUUAGUGGGUCUCAAGUCAUUCAAAACUACCAAACCAGCUUUUAUGAGACGGUAGGGUUUACCGGAAAGACUUCGCUUUUGAUCAGUGGAGUUUAUGGCUUCAUGGGCGUCAUCGGUCAGAUCAUCUACCUCUUUGUGGUAGCAGACAAGUGGCCGCGUACUCGCACAUUGUGGACAGGCUCACUGGUCCUGUCGUGUUUGAUUGCCAUUUGCAUGGCGUUAUCAGCUGUGUAUGGAGACAAGAGUGGUGGCGAUCUCAGUGGUGCCCGUGCGGCCAUCGCAAUGGUCUUCCUCUAUUCCUGUGCUUAUGCAGUCUUCUUCAACGCGAUGGUUUGGGUUGUCCCUUCGGAGCUCUUCCCAUUCUUUCUUCGCUCGACCGGGCUUGGGCUUGCUGUGUUCGGCAAAUCCGUCGCUGCAAUCGUCCUAUCGCAGAUCACACCAACCGCACUGGAGAAUGUCAGUUGGAAAUAUUAUUCACUUUUCAUUGCCACGAACUUUGUGGCUGCUUUUAUUUACUUUUUCUUUCUCCCAGAGACUGGAGGCAAAACAUUGGAACAGAUCGCUGAGCUGUUUGGUGACCCUCCUUCUGCCUUGAAUACUGGGGAUAAAGCCGAGGACAUGGAUGAUGGACAAAGCAUCGCGGGGACGAAGGACACCAAGUCUGCCCAUGUGGAAGCAGUUGUAUGA